AUGAAAUUCUCCACUGUUAUCGCCGCCGCCUCUGUUUUUGCUGCCGCCAGCGCCCAAAACAGCUCCAACAGCAGCUCUUCCAACGCCGCCCCAGCUGCCGGCUCCAACGCCGUCGGCUACACCGCCUUGGGAGCCGCCGUGGCUGGUGCCGUGGCUCUGUUGAUGUAA